AUCCGGGAUGGCGUCUUGUUGCCAAGCAGAGCAAUUCGGCCCAUUCCACGGAAGCUUUCUAAACCUGGCCGAAAGUGGCAGGCAACACGACCAUGUGCACGAUAGUGUAGACGGGGGUAGCAGCCGUGUCCCAGCAGAUACCUAGAUAUAAGGCUGAGCACUUCGAUGGGCAGCCAGAGCUGGAAAGGUGCUCAAUAACUCACAGACACCGCCGCCGCCUGACACUUCGGUUGCCGAAAAGUGCUCCUCCCUUUCGUCGAGAAACAGCGCGCCUAGACACAGUCUUCGUCCGCCAUGCUCGCAAACGGUGCCAUCGUCUUCCUGGCCGCCGCCCUCGGCGUCAGUGGCCACUACACCUGGCCACGGGUUAACGACGGCGCCGACUGGCAACAGGUCCGUAAGGCGGACAACUGGCAGGACAACGGCUACGUCGGGGAUGUCACGUCGCCACAGAUCCGCUGUUUCCAGGCGACCCCGUCCCCGGCCCCAUCCGUCCUCAACACCACGGCCGGCUCGACCGUGACCUACUGGGCCAACCCCGACGUCUACCACCCCGGGCCUGUGCAGUUUUACAUGGCCCGCGUGCCCGAUGGCGAGGACAUCAACUCGUGGAACGGCGACGGCGCCGUGUGGUUCAAGGUGUACGAGGACCAUCCUACCUUUGGCGCUCAGCUCACAUGGCCCAGCACGGGCAAGAGCUCGUUCGCGGUUCCCAUCCCCCCGUGCAUCAAGUCCGGCUACUACCUCCUCCGGGCGGAGCAAAUCGGCCUGCACGUCGCCCAGAGCGUAGGCGGAGCGCAGUUCUACAUCUCAUGCGCCCAGCUCAGCGUCACCGGCGGCGGCAGCACCGAGCCGCCGAACAAGGUGGCCUUCCCCGGCGCUUACAGUGCGACGGACCCGGGCAUUCUGAUCAACAUCUACUACCCUGUUCCCACGUCCUACCAGAACCCCGGCCCGGCCGUCUUCAGCUGCUGAGCGAAGCAGGCCCUGCUCCUUGCUGCUGUUCCUGUGAUACGUACGGUAUCUGGGAGCUAGGCGCAGAGGGCAACGGCAUUAGGAGGUGGAAGU